AUGUCAGGCGCCUCAGCAGCCGCGGGCGCCGGCGUGUCUGGCACUGGUGACAGUCCGACCGGCGCAAUCAUGGUCUAUGUGACCGUGCCAGACCAGAAGACGGCCGACCACCUCUCCGAUGCCCUGGUGUCAUCACACCUGGCCGCCUGCGUCAACGUCAUCCCGGGGUUGACGUCGGUCUACUGGUGGGAGGGGAAGGUCAACCGUGACUCAGAGCUCCUCUUAGUCAUCAAGACCAAGGGCAGCCUGCUGGGGGAGCUGACGCAGCAGGUGAAGCGCCUCCACCCCUACGACGAGCCCGAGGUGGUGGCGCUGCCCAUCCAGGGCGGCAGCGCCUCGUACCUCAACUGGCUGCACGACUCUGUGGCCGCCCCAGACCUGGAGAGGCUGAAAGGGAUCGAGAAGCUGCCAGGAUAG